GUUUUGUUCGUCAAUUGAAGGAGAGAGGCCGAAGCUCCUGAGCACCACAAGCGACGACGACUGAAACGACGACGGAUUGCGAGACAGCACCAGAUAAGACUGUCGUCUAGCGAAGGGAUAGCCGCAACACCUGGGACAUAGUCCAUCCGAAAUCCGAAGCGAAUCGAACCACCGAACAGCCGUCCUUCACGAACAGAGGAAACAUCGCGGCUCGACAAUCUACGCUCUCCCUUCUUCCAUCAGUCGACAUACACGCGCAUACACACAUCCAAAAUGUUCGGGGCCUUCCGCAUGACAUCCCCGCUCUCGAGCGGUCUCCUCUGGAAGAUCCCGUGGCGGCUCUCCAAGUUCCAGAAGCGCCGCCACCGCGAGCGCCUCCGCGCCGUCGACGACGUGAUUGCGACGGUGGACGCCGCGCUGGCCAAGAAGGGCGAGACGGUGGCCGCGCUGGAGCGGUGGAAGGCCGAGAUGCCGACCGAGGCGGAGAUGUUGCCGCGGGACAAGUAUACCAUGUUUGAUCGCAAGGAGAAGAAGUACCGCAAGGGUAUUCACAAACUUCCCAAGUGGACGAGAGUUUCGCAGAGAUUGAACCCGCCGGGUUACUAGACUGGAAUAUCAGAGGCACUGGGACUGGCCAUAUGGGCUGCGAGAAACUCGGGACGGAAAGAAUGGCUUGUUGGGAGUUACGGCCCUUGUACGAAUAUGUACUCUACGCAACCCGAAGCUGAGGGAGGGGAGGGUGUCCAACGGACGGCUGCCGUUGCAGUGGACAGGAGCAGACAAAAAAGCUUCUCUGUAUAUUAUAGCAUCUGCUUUGGGGCUCAUGAGACAAAAAUCACAAUCUGUACAG